CUGGCGACGGUCACACUAAGGGGACCAACAAAAGUUUAGUAAAUAUUGUAUUUAACUUACUAAGGAAACUAGAAACCAGGCGACAAUGCUGCAGCAAAUAAAGAUGUUGGUCCUGGGCAUCAUCACGCUGUGCCGGCGGGCUCUGUGCUGCUUCUCGCGGCGCCGCAAGCUGAGCCACAGCGGCUCCUCCGGAUCCGGCGACCAACUGCAGGCGGUGAACGUGAUUGUGGAGCGGGGCGACUUCGCCGCCUCCUCGCCCGGAAAUCCCACGGGCGGCCGGUCGGGGGGACCCAAGGAGCGGGACUGGAACUCCUGGGACGACAGUCCGCGCACCGUCGAGGAGCACAUUGAGCAGUACCGCCAGCGGAUGGCCCAGCCACCUACGCCGCCCAAGGAGGAGCCCGAGCCGGAUUUCUUCAGUGAGCUAACGCCCACCAUUAAGCCGCAGAUGAAGUUCUACCUGGAGGACCCCUCCGCAACGGCGGCGGCCAGCCAACCGAGUGACUUCUCAAGACUGCAGGCCCAGGACCUGGUGCCCAUUAGCAAUAACGCCGACCUCGAGGACUGGGUGGAUGACAAUGCCGGCGGCUGGGAGGAGCUGGACACCUCCCAGACCAAGCAAAUCCUGCGGGAGAAGCGACGCGAGUUGCGCCACCAGCGACAGCCGGCCGUCCGCCCAGCCCCGCUCACUGUGGGCGCCCAGCGGCUGACCGACGGACAGCGAGCGGCGUAGUUGUCGAUGCACCAUCCCCCACCCCCAACCAGACCCAUCAUCCAGCACUCCCACUCUGACCAUUCCACCAGCGACCACUUGCGUUCUGUUUACCCUUUCUUUUGUUCGAUUUAGUUGAUUGGCCACACGAAAUAAAUCUUGCCUUUCACUCGCA